UCGUACUAAAAAGUUAUGCCUUAUUUGUAAAUUUUUCGUUUAAAAUAUCUCAGCAGUGGAUUCUUUGCUUAAAUAUAUAUUAGAAACGUCGCCCAAUUUUAUGGCAAACUCCAAUUGCAUCUGAUUGCAUCGUGUAUGGGCCGCGCGUAACAAAAACAAAAUAAAAGAAAAAAAAUAACAAACACACAGCAGGCGAGGCGAAUCAAAACGGGCAACUGCAAACGGCAAAGAUAGAUUAUGUCGAGCGAUGAACUGCUGUGGCGUACUAAGUAUUCAAGUUCGCGUUAUCAACGCCACGAGAGCGCAGAGCAGCGGACGCCCUUGAAUGCCAGCUCGUUGCACUGGCAGCGUCAACAAUUUGGUUGCGAUGUGGACGAGCAGCUGCGUCGCCGGCUCCAAGCCUCGCCAGCGUACAUCGAUCGGCUCGAACAGGAGACGUUGCUGACCGGGCACGACGGCUGUGUCAACUGUCUAGAGUGGACAGAUGAUGGCAUGCUAUUGGCGUCGGGUUCUGAUGAUUACAAAGUCAUGAUCUGGGAUCCGUUCCGAAAGCGGCGCAUCCAAACGAUAAACACGAAACAUCUGGGCAACAUAUUUUCCGUAAAGUUUCUCCCCCGUCACAACAACAGCAUUGUGGCCACCUGUGGCGCCGACAAAUAUAUCUAUGUCUACGACAUUAAUCACGGCAAUGAGACCUUAUUUACCUGCAAUUGCCACACGAUGCGCGUUAAGCGUCUGGCCACGGCGCCCGAUUCGCCACACAUUUUCUGGUCCGCCGGUGAGGAUGGCAGCAUUCUACAAUUGGACAUGCGUGAGCCACAUCGCUGUCGCGGCCCCGAUGAUCAGCAACCAGCGACGGGGGGCGUACGACUCCUGAGCCUUUGCACCCAGGUUGAGUCGACAACGGAGGCCAAGUGCCUGGCUAUCAAUCCACGACGCACCGAGUAUCUUGCAGUGGGUGCCAACGAUCCGUAUGCGCGCGUCUUCGAUCGCCGAAUGCUACCAGGUGAAGCAAGCAGCUGUGUCUCCUUCUAUGCCCCCGGUCAAAUUGUGAAGAAUAUCACUCGCAACAUCGUGCACGAGUCGCGCACUGUCACCUAUCUGACAUUCAACAACUACAACACAACGGAGCUUCUGGUAAAUAUGGGCUGUGAGCAUAUCUAUCGCUAUGAUCUACACAAUGCCACGCCACCAAAGUUCUACGAACUGCCUGAGUACACAGCAUCGCCUCAGCCCACUGAGGCGGAGCAAGUGGAAGCGGCAGUUGGCACUGAUGCAAAGCCAGAAAUCAGGACGACCAAAAAGCAGCAAAAGCGUCGCACGUUGCCAACGAGCAUUGAACAGCACAAGAAGCUGGGUAACGAGCAUCUGGAAAAUGGAAAAUUGCUGGCCGCAAUAGAUACGUAUUCUGCGGCACUAGCAGAAUAUCCGCGGGGGGAGGUGCUUUAUUUGAAUCGGGCUACGGCACUGAUGCGUCGCGGUUGGUUUGGCGACAUAUAUGCGGCGCUGCGAGAUUGCCACGAGGCGUUACGGUUAGAUCCCACUUAUGUGAAAGCUCAUUUUCGAUUGGCCCGUGCCCUGCUUGAGCUGCAUCGGCCUCAGGAAGCGGACAAGUGCUUACAAGAGCUAAUACAGCGCUUUCCAAGCUUUGCCAACAAUCAUGGUGUGCUGAUGCUGCACAAGGACAUACACGAGUAUCGACAGCAGCAAUCGCAGUCUACUGGCCAAACGUCCGAUCAUGAACCGGUGCUCAUUGAGAGCGGAUUCCGCUAUCUACGCCUGACCGAUGAUGAGUAUGCGCAACGGCGUGCCGCCAAGGAUUACAAACAACGAUAUGUGGGUCACUGCAACAUCACGACGGACAUCAAGGAGGCCAACUAUUUGGGCCUUAAUGGCGAGUUCAUUGCCGCCGGCUCCGAUGACGGCAACUUUUACAUUUGGGAGGGUGAGACGGCCAAAAUACGUGCCGUCUACCGCGCUGACAGUGCCAUCGUUAACUGUGUGCAGCCACAUCCAAGUAUUUGCAUGUUGGCCACAAGCGGCAUCGAUCAUGAUAUCAAAAUCUGGUCACCGUGCGCGCCGAGCGCCGCGGAGCGACCCAAUCUCGUUGCGGACGUCACGCGCUAUGUUGAGAAUAAUCAGGAAAAAAUGCGCACUGAUCCGUUCGAAGCGAAUACGCGCAAUGCGUAUUGUUUUAAUAAUUAAAUAUAAGCACAUCUAGUAUAAUGUAAAUUAGUUUUUAAAUUCAAAUUGCAAUACAAUUCAUGCAAUAAUAGGCCACUUCUCCGGUCCUGUCUACUCGCGAAACUAGGAGUAUAAAUAUAUUAAACUAAUAGGGUAAUUUGCGAAAACCACUAUCAAUUUUGUUAAAUUGUCAAAGAAAUAUAAUUAUAGAAAAAACCAAGCAUAUGAAAAUGGUAUGUCGAAAUCAAAGAAAUAAAAAUUCAAAGAAUUGCAAUGUCUGGUUAAUACUAAUCUGAGAUAAUGAAAAAACGAAAUAAUGCGAAACGAAUAGAUCAAUUAAAUUACACAAUCUAUUGAAAA